AUGCCACUGUUGACUCUUGAUAAAGAUCUGCGUUUCUUCUACAACAUCUUUUCGCCCAAAGGGAGCGUCCUUGACGCGUCCAAACCGAUAAUUCUGUUUGUGCAUCCCAUAUUUUUCGACCAGACCUUCUUUGCGCCUCAGUACACGGAUGAAAGGCUAGUCGAAAGGUACAAUUUGGUGAGUCGGAGUUCAAAUCCUGCUUGGAGUACUCAAACCACGUUAGAUGACGAGAAAUACGACUUCGACAAGGUCGUCCGGGAUAUCUUUCGCUUCCUCGAUGCACUAGAAAUCGAAAAGUGUCACUUGUUAGGAGUAGCGAUAGGUGCUACACUCGCAGUCCGAAUGGCCAUGCUACAUGCCGAACGAGUCCUCAGUCUCACAUUAUGCUCAAUGGGCCCUCCAGCACCGACGGCAGACUGGGUAGAACAGCAUAAGGCCAUCCUGGAGACGGUGCUCGACGGUGGAGACAUGACAUUUGAGGACGUCGUAUCCGCUGGCCUAAAGACCUAUUUUGGCGAGAAGAACGCGAAUGAGGAAGAUGCGAAAAACUAUGUAGCUGCGAAUCCUAACAUGUCGAAUAAACGGCAACUCACGAAGGUCUAUUCUUCGCACUUUGACCAAACCGCACCCCCCGAGUCGGAUUGGAAACGAAUCAAGAUACCGCUGGCAUUGUAUACGAUAGCGGUCAGGUGGCCGAUAUUUAUGGUAGAGACCGACCAAUACAAUACUGAUGAUUAUAAAACGACUGCGAAAGCGUCAACAGGGAGCGUCCUUGACGCGUCCAAACCGAUUGUUCUGUUCUUGCAUCCCAUGUUUUUCGAUCAGACCUUCUUUACGCCUCAGUACACGGAGGAGGGGCUAGUCGAAAGGUACAAUCUGAUCCUGCUCGAUCACCAUUACCAUGGAGGUACUCAAACCACAUUAGACGACGAGAAAUACGACUUUGAUAAGGUCAUCCGAGAUAUCUUUCGCUUUCUCGACGCACUAGAAAUCGAAAAGUGUCACUUAUUAGGAGUGGCAACGGGUGCUACACUCGCGGUCCGAAUGGCCAUGCUGCAUAUUGAACGAACGGCAGACUGGGUUGAGCAGCAUAAGGCCAUCAUGGAGACCGUACUCGACGGUGGAGAUAUGACAUUCGAGGAAGUCGUACGAGAUAGACUAGCGCGAUACUUCCCGAAUAGAACUUAUCAUGGGUUGACCAUAUCACUAGCUCUUACAACCGGCCAUAAAGAUCUGGCUGAUCCCAUGCAGAGCAAGGGUUCGGAGACAGUGGAAGAGGAGAGCAGAAGCAAGGGGUGGUUCGUGUGGAGCGAGGCUCCUGGCUUGAGCUCUGACCCUCCAUUCUCUGAUGUCUCAGAAUGGACCGAGUUCGAAACAAAUGUUUGGGAAGCAAAUACGACCGAAGGAUCGGCGUCAAGCGCUCUACCAACCCGCUGGGCUCCAUCCAAUAGAAUAGCGGGCACUCUUAUAAAACAGUCGCGAAAACUCCCCUAUGCUGUCUAUCUGAAGUCAAACCCCAUCGUAAUCGUGAUGCCGCUUUUGACUAUCGACCAGGACUUGCGCUUCUUCUAUAACAUCUUUUCGCCCAAGGGAAGCCUCCUUGACGCGUCCAAACCAACCAUUCUGUUCUUGCAUCCCGUGUUUUUUGACCAGGGUUUCUUUGCUCCUCAGUACACGGAUGAAGGCUUGAUAGAGAGGUACAAUCUGAUUUUACUCGAUCACCAUUACCACGGAGGUACUCAGAACACACUUGAUGACGAGAAAUACGACUUUGAUAUGGUCAUUCGAGAUAUCUUUCGCUUUCUAGAUACACUAGAGAUCGAAAAAUGUCACAUAUUAGGCGUUGCGACGGGUGCUGUUCUCGCGGUCCGAAUGGCCAUGAUGCAUGUCGAACGCGUCCUCAGCCUCACACUGUGUUCGAUGGGCCCACCAGCACCGACGGCAGAAUUUAUCCAGCAACACAUGGCAAUCCUUGAGCUAGCAAUCAAUAAGGGCGACAAUACUUUAGAAGAAAUAGUAUCAGCCGGAUUCAAGUCAUUGUUUGGCCCAAAAAGGACGGCACACCUCUAUCUGCAGGAGCGAGCCUUCGGAUUUGGCGCCAGUCUAAGCCCUGAAUACGGUCUAGGCAUCGAUAACGCUGUUCAAUUUGAGAUUGUCACUCCGGAUGGAGAAUUACGUACGGCCAAUGCAUACCAGCACAAAGAUUUGUUCUGGGCCUCCAGGGGUGGUGGCCCGCAAGACCCCACCCUGCAAUCGCUCGUAGUAUGGCUCUCGUUCAGUCUGAACUACACAUCGCCGUCAUACCGGAAUCCUCUGAGGAUAUACUUGUUACUCCAACCAGAUUUGAGUGCCCGCAAUUUUUCUGGCUACACUUUUUCGACCAUAAGCCUUUCUGGUGACAACAGUGGGACGAAUGCGGGUGCUGGCAUCCUGGGAAGCAUACUUUUGCCGGCUAGCCUGUUUCCGGAAGGCAGCGUGGAUGACCUGGUCGAUUUCCUCAUGCAAGCGCCUUUCUCUUCCGUGUUCCAUCUGGUUACUGGGAAGAAAGUUGCUAGGGUCACUUCAGACGCCACUGCCGUACACCCGGCUUGGCGGAGGCCCAUUCACCAUCUCGUGCUAACGACUGGAUGGGAUACUAAUAUCAUGUUUCCCGAAAGACGGCGUAGAAGAGAUCAGAUUAUGGAACAGACACAGAAGCUAACUGCUUUGGUCCCUGAUUCUGGCUGCUAUGUAAACGACAUGCCUCUUGUGACUGUUGACCAGGACCUUCGUUUUUUCUACAAUGUCUUCUCGCCCAAGGGGAGCAUUCUUGAUACGUCUAAACCGGUCAUUCUCCUCUUGCACCCGACGUUCUUCGACCAAACUUUCUUUGCCCCCCAGUAUACAGACGAGGAACUAGCAGAAAAGUAUAACCUCAUUGUGCUGGAUCACCAUUACCAUGGAGGCACUCAAGUUACCCUAGAUGAUGGAAAAUACGACUUUGACAAGAAUCCCGAUGAUAUCGCUAAACACAGAGCUCUGCUGGAAUUGACAUUGGAGGCUGAAGAUGACUACGCCGAUGCCUUACCAGACAUGGUUUCUGCUGGAAUGAAGACGCUAUUCGGCCGGAAAGGUCAACCAGAAGAGGAGCAGCAAAGAUGGAUGGCCACCAAUCAAAUCACCCCUAUGAACAAGCAGCUUCUACGAAAGGUCUAUUCUUCCAUCUUCGACCGAACGGCUCCGCCUUCAGACGCCUGGCAGCGAAUCAAAAUACCGGUGCUCAUAGCCCACGGAGAGGCAGAUAUACCGUAUCCUCCGUCUAUCGCUAAAGCAAACUGGGAGCUGUUCUCGGAGGCAACGACUCGAGAAGUCCAAAUCAUCCGUUGUCAACGAUCUUUUUCGAUUCUUGGAUGCCCUAAACAUCGAAACCUGUCACAUAUUGGGCGUCUCGUUGGGUGCGCUCCUGGCGGUCCGGAUGGCCAUCCUACAUCCGGAGAGGAUCCGCAGUCUGCUGUUAUGUUCUAUGCCACCACCUGUAGAGUCUUGGAGGCGAUUCUGGCGGGUGAAGAUGGCACAGAUGAGCUACCUUCCAACAUUAUAGCCGCAGGACGAGCUUUACUGUUUGGGAAGAAAGGCCGGACAGCGACGAGCAAAUUCGUACCUUCUAAUCGAAAAUUGUUCAAAAAGGUGUACUCGGCCAUACUAGACCGGCAGCCACCACCCGCAUCUGAAUGGAAGAAGAUCAAGAUGCCGGUCCUCCUAGUCCAUGCAGAGAAUUAUGACUUACUUUCGGAAGCUUCUAACAAGGAGAUCAUUAUUCUCGACAAUGCGGCACAUUUGUUCACAUGGCCAGAGGCAGAGAGGGUAAACCCUAUGAUUGCCAAGUACUUGCAACAAUACCCAGCCACGGCAUGA